UGAACGCCCCACCAGACAUGCGGAAGUCGUGUUUGCUGAUGACGUCUGUGCUCCAGCCGAAGAGAACUGUAGCUAGCGCCCGAUAACGGAGCGAAUUUAUGAAGUUAAAUGCAAAUGAAAUCCCCUUAGAAAACAAUCUACAGUUACGCGAGAUCAUGUUUUUGUUGUAAUCACGUUGUCCGACCAUAUAUCUUGGAGAAAACAAAGUUAUGGUGACUUGUGUGGAGGAGUUAGCUUAGCUUCUCUGCCUCGCAGCUGCGGUGUUGGUCGCUGUGGAGGAUGACAGCUCAGUCAAAGAUAGGCUAACUAAGUGAACUGGCUUACAGAAGAGGGACAAGAUGUUGGAGUCCUAUGUCACGCCACUCCUGAUGAGCUAUGUGAACAAAUAUAUAAAGAAUUUGAAGCCAUCUGAUUUGCAGCUGUCUCUUUGGGGAGGAGAUGUAGUGCUCAGCAAAUUGGAUCUGAAGCUGGAUGUGCUAGAGCAGGAAUUGAAACUUCCGUUUACAUUCAUGAGUGGUCAUAUCCAUGAGCUGCGUAUUCAUGUACCCUGGACAAAGCUGGGGUCAGAGCCUGUGGUCGUCACCAUCAACACCAUGGAGUGCAUCCUGAAGCUGAGGGAUGGAGACCAGGAUGACCAUGAGAGCGGUUCCACCUCAACAAGUCGCAGUGUUUCAGAUAGUUCCAAGGCUAUAGGCAAGCCCCGCCGCCUCCAGCAAGCUGCCCCCAGCGACCCCGACCUGCCCCCAGGUUAUGUUCAGAGCCUGAUCAGACGUGUGGUGAAUAAUGUGAAUGUUUUGGUCAACAACUUGAUACUGAAGUACGUCGAGGAUGACAUUGUGUUGUCAAUCAACAUUACUUCAGCAGAAUGCUACACUGUUGACGAUCUGUGGGAAAGGGCAUUCAUGGACAUCACGGCUCCAGAAUUGGUUCUUCGGAAAGUCAUCAACUUUGCCGAUUGCACCGUGUGCUUAGACAAGCGGAAUGCAAGUGGCAAGAUUGAGUUCUACCAGGAUCCACUACUGUACAAAUGCUCCUUCCGAACACGCCUUCAUUUUACCUAUGACAACAUCAAUUCUAAGAUCCCAUCCGUCAUCAAAAUCCAAACCAUGGUGGAUAGCCUGAAGUUAUCCAUUACAGAUCAGCAACUUCCCAUGUUCAUCCGGAUUUUAGAACUAAUAGUUGCACUUUACUAUGGAGAAAUAGGAGGGCACAGAGAAACGGACCGAGAAGAGGGCAGCUGUCAUGUCAGGGAAGCUGGAACAAAUCCACCAGGUAUGGAUAUGGAAGUAGACAAGAAUCAGGGUCCAAGCCAGUACUCCAGCCAAGAGUUCUACAUGGACUCAGACCUUUCUGAAGAGAACUACCAAGGUUGGGUCUCUUGGGCUUGGUCCUUUGUUCCAGCCCUCGUAGGCUCAGAGGAGGGGGAAGAAGGUCCCUUUUUGCAGAGGGAGACUGGAGGAACCCCAAACAAUCCCCAACAACACACACCUAAGGAUCCUAUGGUUUCCAUUGGGUUCUACUGCACUAAGGCUUCUCUAACGUUUAAGCUGACAGAGUCCCACGCAGAGACGAGCUACUACAGCCCUCAGAAAGUCAAGUCCAGAGAGGUCUUGUGUCUGGAACAAGAGGGAAUCACAAUUGAGGUGCUCAUGAUGGGAGAGCCCUUCUUUGACUGUCAGAUUGGCUUUGUGGGCUGCCGGGCUCUCUGCCUGAAAGGCAUCAUGGGAGUACAGGAUUUUGAAGAAAACACAAACCGCACAGAAGAGGAUGCUGUGUUCUUCAGCUGUGGGGACACCCUAAGCAGCAAAGGAAUGACCUACCUUACAAACUCUCUGUUUGACUACCGCAGUCCAGAGAACAAUGGUGUCCGGGCUGAGUUCAUCCUGGAUACUGUUACUCACAAGGAGACCUACACAGAGAUAGCAGGCAUGCAGCGCUUCGGUGCUUUUUACUUGGAUUACCUCUACACAAUGGAGAACAGCAGCGGCAAAGAUUUCCAGGACUUGUCUACUGGGAUUAUGGAAGACGUAGUGCCUACUGUUCAAGAAACGUCCAUCAAGAGACUCAUCGUGGGACCUUUAGAUAUCAAGUUGCACAGCAGCGCCGUGCAUCGCAUUAUCAAAAUGAUCACUUGUGCCAUGGACCAUGAGUAUGAGCCUUAUUGUAAGCCACAGCAAGAAAUGGUCGAGGAGAGUCGUUGUUCAGUGACUCCAGAAGAAAUAGCAAGAUUGGAAGAAUUUAUCCCCACCAGGCUCACUUGUCUCACGCUGCUCCAAGUCUCUGUCACUGUCUCUAUGGCUGAAUUCAACUUUCUUCACACACUAAUGCCUGUCAUCUUUGGACGCAAGGCCCCACCAGGACCUGUCAACAUGUCAGCCUUUCGGCCAGUGCGCCCCCUACCCUCUGCACAGUUCCAGGUUGAGCGGAUGAAUGUGGAACACUCUGUGCCCAUGUAUGCUCCAGAGUUGGUCAGCACAGUCAGUGCUCUCAGCCAGCCUUCUGACAACCUCCUACAUCACUGCUAUGCACACUUUUACCUCAAGGUGUCUGGGUUUCAGGCCGGGCUUACAUGCCAAGAUAGUACGGGGGGAUUCCUUCCAUUGAUCCCAGUCAUUCCCUCCUUUAGCACAGCACUUUAUGGGAAGAUGAUCCAGAUGCCUGCAUACUGGAGUAAAAUAUCUUCUGUACCAACCAGAGAGUGUAUUUUGGAGCUUCCCUACUUCGCUGUGCAGGCCACAAGAGCCCAAACGCAUCUGAUCCAAGCAAUCUGCCAGAGUUGGACCCAUGGCACAUUGAGCGGUGCAACCUUGACGCUCAACGAAAGCCUAAUCAAUGAGGUUUACAAAGCUGCAGGUGUGAAAUCUCUAGACCAGUCACUGACUCUUGAGGGCUCGCUCCAAAAUCUCGAGCUGAAGUUCUGCAGCCGUGCAACGGUGAAAUGCGCCUCAGGAACCGUGGGAGCUAUAAAAGUGUGUGCCAGGACCCCAGGCUCACUAGAGGGGGUAAAGGAGAGGCUGGUUCCUCUGAUCCAGGGCCCAUCGGACACUAAGGAACUUCAUAUGAGACGAUGGCUCAAUGAGAUCCGCAAGCCUGAAUCCCUUUUGGCUCCCGACUUGCUGACAUUUUCGGUCCAGGUGCCACAGCAAGGUGAAAAUUGCAGGAACUCUGGUGCAGUUCUGUUGGCGAGUGUCCAGGGCGUAGCUAUCAACGUGGACCCAAUCUUCUGCACGUGGUUGCUGCAUCAGCCUCAUCGAGGUAGCAGCAGACAGCAGCAACAGAAUCCAGGCCCGGUUCCAUUGGCAAAGCGAAGAGAGGACGACACCUCAGUAGGGAGCACGCCAUUGGUACAACAAACCUCCAAUCAAGCCUCCGACUAUGCCAGCAGUCCUGUCAAAACGAAGACUGUAACAGAAUCACGCCCCCUGUCCAUUCCUAUGAAAGUGAUGCCGGAGACCACACCAGGGGAAUCAUCAACAACGUCAGAGGAGAGAAUGAAGGAACUCAUCGCUCAUGCCUGGGAUGCUGUGAAAUGCCUUACUCUGCAGUUGGAGCUGCAAUCAUGUUGUGUGUUCCUGCCCAAUGACAGUCUUCCGUCACCAAGCACUAUCAUCUUUGGUGACAUCCCUGGUACUGUGAGAAGCUGGUACCACAACCAAGCAUCGAUGCCAGGAACCCUUGUGGUCUGCCUGCCCCAGAUCAGUGUUGUCAGUGCUGGGCACAAGUACAUGGAACCUUUGCAAGAACUCCCAUUUGUGGUAUCCAAGCCCAUUUUAGAAGAAGGUGACGCUUUCCCGUGGACAAUAACCCUGAGUCAGUUCAGUGUCUACACCCUGCUGGGUCAGCAGCGUAGCCUCAGCCUCCUGGAACCGAUGGGGUGCACCUCCACCCUGGCAGUCACAUCCAACAAGCCACCAAACUGUUCCGAAGGAAGGCACUCCUUCGUUGUUUGUCUCCACGUCGAUCUGCAGCCAGUCCGAGUCAAGUGCUCAAACCCUCAGAUUCAGCUUUCGUAUGAGCUCCUGCUGAACUGGACUUCUACUUGGGCUCGUCUCCAAAGGCAUGGCAUUUUACGUCAGACCACCAAUGUCCCGGAACCCGCUACCGGUGCCACUCCAUCGUCUCCGGUCCGCAGCAGUGCUGGUACAGCCCUGCCAGACACCAGCACCUAUAGUCCGUCUGCAGAUGUCGGAUCCCCUACUGAGGGUGACUCGGUACCAGCAGGUGAUGACGGUCCCUUUGCUGACACGGUGACCCUGGAGCAGAAAACUAGCAGCAUCGGUGGCACUAGUGGGAAGGUCAGCCUUUGGAUGCAGUGGAUGUUACCCAAGAUUAUUGUUAAGCUGUUUGCCCCUGACCCAACAACAAAAAAGACAGAAGUCUGCAUGGUCAGUGAACUAGAGGACCUCAGCGCCUCAGUCGAUAUCCAGGAUGUCUACACGAAGAUCAAAUGUAAAGUCGGCAGUUUCAACAUUGACCACUACAGACACAGUAUGGAGGAGGGUGUUGGAAGCAGCUGUGGAGGAGUGGUCCUCUCUUGCACUGACAAGCUGAACAGACGCACUGUGUUGGUUCGACCAGUCAGCAAGCAAGAUUCUUUCAGCCACAUCUCUGGCCUUUUCCCUCCUACAGCAGCCAAGGUGUUGGAAGGCUCUCACCAGCAGCAUGGAUUUUUGUCCAUUACCUACACACAGGCAGUCACAAAAAACGUUCGUCAUAAACUCACCACACGGCCUGAACGGCCGACACGCAGCAACGCGACCUCGACCAGUCAGCGGGUCACUGCUGAUCCACUCGCAGACGGUUCACCUCAGUACCUGAGAGAAAUCCUUCUGACAGCCCAGCCCUUUGAUGUUGUCCUCUCAUGUCCUUUAUUAACCACCAUAGCUGGAAUAUUUCAGACAACAGUACCAAGACGCUACAAAGACCGUGGGAAGUCGGCAGGUCAGCCUAUGAGAAGCCACACACUGACGUCUCGGUGUUUGCCUCUCAUCUACAUCAACACUAGCUUGAUCAGGGUCUUCUGUCCAGGGGCACCAGACAGAACAGAAGAUCUGCACGCAAGCAAAGAAGACACGUUGGUACUGAAGUUGGGUUCCGUCAGCAUGGCUCCUCAGGCUGAUAACACUCUUACUCGCACAGUGCUACGUAAAGACCUCUACCAACGGGCAUUGAACCUUGGUAUCCUGCGUGACCCUGGCUCCGAGGUGGAGGAUCGUCAGUACCAGGUUGACCUUCAGUCCAUCAACAUUGGUACAGCACAAUGGGAGCAACUCAAACCAGAGAAGGAGGGAAUAAAAGGAGGUGUAUUGGCGGACAGUGAGAGGAACUCGCAGAACCCGGCCCUGGAAUGGAACAUGUCUAGCAGUAUAAGGAGACACCAGGACCGGCGGGCUAUUCUGACACCCAUUGUGACCGACUUCUCGGUCCGCAUAACUGCUGCCCCCGCUAUCAUCUUCAGCAAGAAUCUGCCCCCUGAUGCUGGACAAGCAGAGGACUUGGUGGUGUGUGGUCACUCUCUGGAAGUUAAUGUGACCAGCAGUCUGGAUUUCUACCUGAGCAUCGCUCAGGUGCACCUCCUUCAUCAGCUUCUGAAAGACAAUAUGGGGGCCAUGGACACUCCUGGGCAAGGCGUUGAGAUGUGUCAACAUGAGCUCAAGUAUGGCAGCCGAGGCUCGCUGCCUGGCAUCGAUUCUUCAUCUCGUCACAGUGCAACCGGACAGGACAGCGGCUUCGGAAGCGAUAGCGCUCGCAUCCGUAUCAUCCAGAUUGAGCAGCAGAGUGGGACCAGUCACCACUGCAUAGCAAGACCCUCCCAUAAGUCCACUAUUACCAAAAACCUCAACUUUAUCCCUUUCGACAUCUUUCUUACCGCUGGGAGAUUGUCUGUCAUGGCGUAUGAGUGCUCCAGUCCUCCAAAGGCCGUGACUUCGCCAUUACACAGUAAACAAGACACGAAGGAAACUGAGGAAAAGGUAGGAAAGAGUGCUCUCAACCACCCUGAAGUCCUGUCCGAGUCUCCCCCAGUCUCACCGUCCAUGUCUCCGGACCCCGCCCCUGCUGCCCCUGUUACACUAAAAGACCUGACUGCUGAGGACAUUCUCAACAGCAAUGUCUCCCAGCCAGCCUCUCCGCUGUUAAGAGGCAGCCUCAGCCGCUCCUCGGCCCGCCAAGCGCUGGGGGUCACAAUAGUGAGGCAGCCUGGGAGGAGAGGGGCCGCCGACCAGGUGCUAGAACCAAUGCUGUACCUGCAGGUGAUCCAACCUUCUGCGUUGCUCAGUUGCCACCACCGCAAGCAGAAGAUGGAGUUAUCUGUGUUUGAUGUGACGUUAAGAGGCGUGGCUUCAGACUACAAGUGCCAAGACCACGGGAAGACUUUGCCCGAAUCUCUGGAUUACAAUGUCUUCUGGCUCCAGACAGCAGCUGGUGAAGUGGACAGUGAAUCAGGCAUCCCACCGCCCCUACUGUGCCUCCAGAUCAAAGAUUUCCUCAAUGGGCCAGCUGAACUCAAUUUAGAGCUGUCUCGCCCCUUGAAAAUCAACCCAACACUAGUCAAACUGGAGCAGGCCAAGGUCUACCUGAAGAAAAUGAUACCAAACAACACGUGGAACACCUCCAGUAAACCGGCGUCCACUUUUUCGACCCCUCAUUCAUCUCCUGCAAAGAUGCUGCCCAGGACUUUUACCCCUCCCCAUCAGAGCCACGGCCUGAGUAAAGCCAGCAGCAUCGAUGCCUUGGCCCUGUCCUUCCACAAGGUCUCCCUACACACCACCCAGAUUGUAGUCGUCAUGGAGACGGAGGCCCAUCCAAAGAGACCCAGCGUGACCGUGUCUGUGUCAUCUAUGGCGGGAAGUCUCAACCUGAAGUCGGGCUUAAGGAUCGAGGAUGUAGUUCAAUCCGCUUCUGUGCAGCUGGAGCUGCAAGAUGUGCUGGUGAGAACUGGACUGAAGGAACAAAGCCAUGUCCUACUGGGGCCGUUUUCUUGCAGUAGCUCACUGGAAGCUAGGUGGUGUCGGCACAGUGGCAGUCCUGGACAUGAGCCUGGUCCACCUAAGCUACUGCUGGACCUGAAAGGAGGCCUUCUGCAGGUGUUCUGGGGACAAGAACAUUUAAAUUGUCUGAAGCUGAUGGAGGAGCAUCUCAGCGCAUAUUACACCACCCAGAGUGGAGACACCGUUGAAAAUUGCCCCAAAACCAAAUCCUGCCAGACCCAACCGCCACCCUCUCCGGGUUCCCCGUGCCCUCGCUCGGAACACAGCUCUGAUGACCUGCGAACAGGGCAGUUCCAGUAUAUCCAGGACCCAGCUUCCCAGAGAUGGCCAGGACCCCACGAGGUUGUGUUCUAUACAGAGACAGAGGAGAGUCCAGGACUAAUGGUUUGGAGGUACCCUGAACCUCGUGUCCUCACCUUCGUCAGGAUAACGCCUGUCCCUUUCAACACCACAGAAGACCCCGAAAUCAGCACGGCUGACCUUGGGGACGCCUUACAGGUGCCAUGCAGCCUAGACUACUGGGAUGAGCUCCAGCAGGCCUUCAUUCCAUACCGGGAGUUUAGCCUGUCGGAGAGCAGCUCCUGCCAGCUGCAGCUUCCCAACCUCGGCCUGGUUGAUGAACAUAAAGACAUGGUGGCCUCAGACGUGUGGAGGAUUUUACUCAACAGUAACAGUGAAGGAGGAGAUGAGCAAAGUUCCGAUAGCGAGUCUGGCUCCCAGCUGCCAUGUGAUCAGCUGGUAUCCCCCAUGGCCCUAGCAGUGUGUACCCGUGUUGACUCCUGCUUUGCCCCGUGGUAUGUGCCUUCGUUGGGUGUGUCACUGCAACUCGCACAGAUCCAAGUUCACCUCUGCCACCACCUAGAACAACUAGGAACAGCUCCAUCACAAAAGCUGCGGCCCUUCCUGCCAGAUAGGAAGAUACCCCAGAAACAGGAGUUCAUGGUCAUUGGUGGUGGGGAGCCACAGAUCUUCUUGCGGCAGUGGACCAAUGGACCACGUCAUUGUCAGGAGUUCAACUUUUCCACCCAGCUGGACUGCAAACUGCUGCAGUAUCGGAACCUAACACACAUGCAGGUUCUGCAGCCUUGUGUAAUCCAGGGCCAGGCCACAGCCACCCGCUGUCCCCAAAGCAGCGUUUGGGAUGCAAACGUGUUUGUGGAUCCGAUGUUUGCCACAAUCAAUCAGUAUGCCAUCCACACUUUGGACACCGCUCUUCAAAGCUGGCAACAGAAUGGAAACCCAGAGGCCGAGGAACUAGUUUACAGCCACUAUGUCAUCUGUAAUGAUACCCAGGAGACUCUGCGCUUCGGCCAGGUGGAUACAGAUGAGAAUGUGCUCCUGGCCAGCCUCCACAGCCACCAGUACAGCUGGAGAUCUCACAAAUCUCCCCAGCUGCUGCACAUCUGCAUUGAAGGAUGGGGUAACUGGCGCUGGUCUGAGGCCUUCAAUGUGGACAAUGUCGGGACACUGAUCAGGACCAUUGAGGACAAAGGCCGCACAGCGUCACUUAUUAUCAAAGUGGAGCAACUUAACGGUGUCCAGAAGCAGGUAAUAAUCUGCGGACGCCAAAUAUUAUGCAGUUACCUGACUGAGGACAUUGAAGUGCGCCUGGCCCAGCACUAUGUUGGCCCUAACGGUCAGACGGUGGUCAGAGAACACUGCGAGUGCCUGGAGGCAGGAGCUAAGUUGCCAUCCUACGUUCUGGAGGACGCAGAACUGACAGAGCUGUGUGUGAGGGCCAGAGGAGAUGACGACUGGUCCCAGGAUGUGCAGCUAGAGAGGAAGGAAAUGGGCACCAGCAGCUCUAUUGUUCAGGUGCCGUGUUCUGAUGGAUCUUUACUCUUCGUGUGGUGUAAUCUCAUCACGAUUGAACCGAAUUCCCAUAUGCAACAAAGAGUGGUUGCGUUUAGUCCACUGUUUGUCAUGAGGAGCCAUUUACCGGACCCAAUAAUCAUCCAUAUAGAGAAAAGGAGCCUAGGACUACGAGAGAGCCAGCUGGUACCAGGGCAGGGCCACCAGGAGCCCCUGUUCAACACCGAGGCAGACCUUACCCACCAUCUCACGUUCCAGGCCAGGGAGGAUAAAGAUGCAUCCCAUUGUGCUGUACCCAUCUCCACCAGCCUCAUCAAACAGAUAGUGGACAAGAAUGGAAAUGAGAACAACCUGGAGAACAUCCUGUCUGAUUUCUAUGGUCCAAAGACUUCCAGCGAGCCACCAUGGCCUUACGUCUCCAAAGACACAGACGGUUCAACACUGGAGCCCCUCGCCCAGUGGGAUAGUCCUAUGCAAGUGAAGUUAUCGUGCUGGAAAUUGGGCCUGAGCACCCUGCUGGUGGAGCUGCUACCCUGGGCCCUGUUGGCUAAUCACUCCCAGUGGGACCUGUGGCUUUUUGAGGGAGAGACCAUUGUACUGCAGAUACCAGCCGGCAAGGUCAUUGUACCGCCUAACUUCAAGGAAGCUUUCCAGAUCGGCAUAUAUUGGGCUCAAACAAACACAGUCCACAAGUCUACAGCACUGAAACUGGUGCAUGAUCUGACCUCACCGCGAUGGAAGGAGGGUGCAAAUUCCGAGGUAGUAACCUUAGAUGAGGAAGGAUACGUGGAGGCGGACAUCACAUUGGGAGCUUUCCCCGGCAGACAGAAGCUGUGUCAAUUCUGUGUGUCAUCUACGGUGAAACACGGUAUCCAAAUCCUCCAGAUAGAGGACAGGACAAUCCUUGUCAACAACACCGGCUACACAAUACACUGCAGGCCUCUGCUGACUGACCACCGUCUGGGGAAUGAUAACCAGGUCUGUGAAAUACCAGAGACGGCAGCAUUCACUCUGACGCCAUGCGAAGUGUCCUCUCCAGCCAAACCCCACUCAGUGCCAUGCUGGGACCUUCUCCAAACCAGCGACCAAGGCAAAGUGGAGUUCCCCUUGCCUUUAAAAUACAUGCUUUUCAGCUCAUUAUUGGGGUCUACAGCGUGGAGCUUGCCCACUCCCAUCCGAGCAGACUUCCCCAGGCAGAGUGUGUCGGUUCCCGGGGAAACAAACUCCGGGGGUGGCCCGAACACCAGAGCCAUAGUCCUGACGUAUCAGGAGCACCUUGGGGUGACAUUCAUUACUCUCAAUGAGGAUCCUUGUCCUCACAUGCUGGUGUACAACAAGUGUCCAAUCCCGCUGAUGCUUAAGGAGAAUGUCAAAGAAAUUCCAAAAACAGAGGUGUACUGUUGUCCUCUUCCUGCAAAUUGUUCGAUCCACCACGAGCUCUACCACCACUUUUCUAGUUUCCCCGACUGCCGGCAGAGAGAACCACUGCCCACUUUGUCACUGAAAACAAUAACAGAUGUCUUCACCACAGACUGGACCGAACCCAUUGACAUUAAUUGCCCUGGUACUCAGGUUGUGUUCUUGCCUGGCUUUGGUUGUCUCUACGUAGAUGUGGGAUAUGAGAAAGGAACCAUAGUUCUGACUCUGUCACCAGAGGGCGGUGUGGAUGUGGAUGGGGAUGUUCUAACCAACCAACACAACAGCUCCACCAAGCUGUCCUUCAGUGUCCUUCUGAGCAAGGCCAGUGUGGCAUUGAGUGAUGACAUCACAAGCCCCUCGGGUUCUGUGGAGCUGCUGAGGCUCACAUUGACCAACUUGCUGCUCAGACUAGCCCCGGCACCCACCUCCCUGCCCCCUGAGGAGACUGCCAAGCCUGGAGCAGCUGCAGCGUCCCUCUUGGCUUUUAUGGCCAAAGCCUCUCUCAUUGAAGUGUACUGCUUAUGCCUGCAAGUGGACAACCAGCUGUACAACCGUGCGAGCUUCCACUUCCCUGUACUGCUGUGCCAGGAGCAAAAGGGGGCCAGCGAGCUCAGGAAUCAGUGGAGUAACCAUGACAACCCCGUUGACACGGAUGAACGCCUGGAGGAGUUUAAACGUUUUUGUUUCCUGCAGUUGAGGCUGAUCCUGUCUGGGGACGGAUGCAGUCUGGAGGAGGUUAACAUCCAAGUCCAGCCUGCAAGAGUCUAUCUCGAGGACACAUUUGUUUACUAUGUGAAAACCUUGUUCCACACCUUCAUCCCUGCCUCCGCUAUGACCUCAGUGAAGCCUCAGAUGUGUAAAGAAGCUGCCUCAGACCUCACCCUACCUGAGCAGGUACUUCAAUCCAUACAGACGCUAGUGCAACCUGUGCGUCUGCAGAAGUUGACCAUUCAGCCGGUCAACCUGUUGGUCAGCAUCCAUGCGUCCCUCAAGCUGUACAUCGCUUCCGACCACACACCUCUGGCGUUCUCCUUGUUUGAGCGAGGGCCUCUCUGCACCACGGCCAGACAGCUCGUCCACGCUCUGGCUUUGCAUUAUGCUGCUGGGGCCCUCUUCAGAGCCGGAUGGGUCGUGGGGUCUUUGGAGAUUCUGGGCAGUCCCGCUAGUCUGGUACGGAGCAUCGGUAAUGGUGUGUCCGAUUUCUUCCGUUUACCCUAUGAGGGUCUGACCCGCGGACCCGGUGCCUUUGUCAGCGGCGUCUCCAGAGGGACCACAUCCUUUGUCAAGCACAUCUCCAAAGGCACCCUGACAUCCAUCACCAACUUGGCCACCAGCCUGGCCAGGAACAUGGACCGUCUGUCUCUGGAUGAGGAGCACUAUACCAGGCAGGAAGAGUGGAGGCGACAGCUACCAGAGAGUCUGGGAGACGGGCUUAGGCAGGGGCUGUCACGACUUGGCAUUAGUUUGCUGGGAGCAAUAGCGGGCAUCGUGGACCAGCCCAUGCAGAAUUUCCAAAGGAACUGGGAGAUGCAGACCUCGGCUGGUUGCAAAGCCAAAGGCGUCAUUUCUGGCAUGGGGAAGGGAAUUGUGGGAGUUUUCACCAAGCCCAUAGGAGGAGCAGCCGAACUGGUGUCCCAAACUGGAUAUGGCAUCCUCCAUGGAGCAGGACUGUGGCAGCUUCCUCAACAACUCCAUCUGCCAACGGAGGACAAAUCAGCCGAGGCCCCCAACAGCAACCUUAAAUAUGUUUGGAAAAUGCUCCAGUCGUUGGGGCGACCGGAGCUCCACAUGGCCCUGGAGGUGACCAUUGUGAGUGGGUCAGGGCAGGAGCAUGCUGGUUGUCUCCUACUCACGUUGGAGGUGCUUUUUGUGGUCAGCUUAAGCGAGGACACCCAGCAGCAGGCCUUCCCAAUCACGGAGGUGGAAUGUAAACAGGAAGCAGAACGGCAGGGGGAACUCACCCUCACAUUACAGCAGCACACAGUAGCCAGCGACGCAGAGGGUGACGGCGUUCGAGAGCGUCUAUCCGAGCAGCAGUACCAGCGCCUGGUACAAUACGUGAAGCAAGCCUCGCACUAUUUCCCCGCCUCUGCCGCCGCAUCUCUGCAGCUGCAACCUCCAGUGACGGUCGCGGAGCCGCCGCCCUCCGUCACCAAGUCGUACCGCUACCUGGUGGACCCCGCCUUCGCCAAGGUUUUCAUCAGCAAGUUCACCAUGGUAAAGAAUAAAGCCUUACACAUCGGCUUCCACUGAUACGUCAUCCGUGAUAACUCAGAAAAACUGCCUUUAGAGAAUUUAUAUUUUGUAAAGCACAGCACAAAUAGAAAACAUUUUUAUUUAUAACUUGUCAAGAAAAUAUAUAAAGCCACAAACUCCAGCUGCCAAGUGAAAUAAUAAUAGAUGAUCUUUGACAGUUCUCUUACUGUACAUUGAUGCCAAACCUUGUUGUUUUUGCCUUAGUACCUCUGGACUCUAAGCUUUCAGUACUAUAGCUUUCAAAUUCUAAUAUAUUUAGAGAAUAAUUUUUAAUUAAAAAAAGUUGUAAAAAAGUCUUUGUGUGUCCAUUCAUCC